AUGGCUUCGGGAGAUUCAGCAAACGCUUGCAAGAGACUGCAGAAGGAGCUCAUGACCCUCAUGAUGAGUCAAGACGAAGGAAUCUCAGCAUUUCCUGACGUAGACAACAUCUUGAACUGGAAGGCGACUAUUCAAGGAACCGAAGGGACGCCAUAUGAGGGGCUUGCUUAUGAGCUCUCUCUCGUCUUCCCGUCCAACUAUCCUUGUGCUCCUCCGACCGUCAAGUUCAUCACUCCUUGCUUCCAUCCCAACGUCGAUGUCUACGGCAGCAUCUGCCUUGACAUCCUCCAAGACAAGUGGUCGGCGGUGUAUGACGUCAGGACGACGCUCCUUUCACUCCGCUCUCUUCUUGGAGAGCCUAACAACGACAGCCCUCUCAACUCUCUUGCUGCAUCCAUGUGGAAGAAACAAGAUGAAAAUUUUCGGAAGCAAGUUUUGAAGCAGCAUGCAGAAGGCAACACUCAGAACGCAGAUCCUAACCGAUGA